UUUCGCUCCCAAUCUCCUCAAAUUCAAUUGUGACUUGAGACCAAAACCUAACACGGUCUUUUUGCUCUCUCCUACUUGCCAACCUCUUCGUUCACUGCAUUUACAUAGGUAUACAUACAUGCAUAAGAAUCGGUGAACUGAAUUGAGGAAGAAAUCAGCGAUGUUGAAGACGAAGACGUUCAAGGGAGCGAAUGUGUUCAUGUCGCGGAAACUGGUGCCUCCGGAAAUCUUCGACGCGCUUCUCGAUGCGCUCAAGCAUAACGGAGCAGAGGUAUUCCUAUGCUGCGACCCUUCCCGGAAUGGCCCCGAAGAUUACCACGUCAUCGCCUCUCCCGACCACGAGAAAUUUGAGGAUCUCAGAGCUAAGGGCUGCAACGUGCUCGGUCCUCAGUGUGUUCUUUCAUGUGCAAAAGAGCAUAGAGCUUUGCCUAAACAAGGGUUCAGAUGUUGCCUUGCUAUGGAUGGUCUAAAAGUACUUGUAUCUGGUUUUGAGAUGGAUGAAAAGGUUAAGAUUGAAAAAAUGGUAACAGCAAUGGGAGGAGUGUUGCAUACAAAGGCAUCUUCGGAUGCUAGCUUUGUAAUUGUAAAGAAUGUUUUGGCUGCAAAGUACAAGUGGGCUUUAAAUAUUUUGCAGAAACCAGUUGUUACUCUUAAUUGGUUAUAUCAGUGCUGGAAUGAACACCGUGUUGUCCCCCAGGAGUCAUACAGAGUUCUUCCAUUUUCUGGGUUAACUAUAUGUAUUACCAGAAUUCCAGCAGAUGAACGGAAGGAGAUUGAAAAGCUUAUAGUACAAAAUGGUGGGAAGUAUUCUGCUGAAUUGACCAAGAAGUGCACGCAUUUGAUUUCUGAUGCUCCUGAAGGUGACAAAUAUUUGGUUGCAAGAAGAUGGGGCCACAUUCAUAUUAUUACUCGGAAAUGGUUCGAUCAAUCAAUGACUAGAAGAGCAUGUCUUAAUGAGGAGUCCUAUCCUGUUCAGGGUGGUUCCAAAUCUUCAAAGAAAACUGUGAGUGGUUGCUUGAUGGCCCAGCAGAGUCAAGGCAAUGAUUUUGGAAAUCAAUCUGCACAUUCCUCUGUGCCUGCAGAAUCAAACAUGCAUACUGAUCCAGAUCUUGAAACAACUCUUUCACAGAACAUGUCAUCUAUGUUCGCAGAUGAUCCCAUCUCUAUCAGAAUGGGAGAUAGUGAAGUACCUACAGUGGAGACCACAAAUGAAGUAAAUUUUGAUGGCUGUGUUGCUAAUGAUUCCCAAUCUGAAGAUAAUGAUAUGUACUUGUCAGAUUGUCGAAUAGUACUUACUGGCUUUGAAGCUUCUGAAAUGAGGAAAUUAGUUAAUUUAGUACGUAAAGGGGGAGGCUCACGGUAUAUGUCCUUUGACGAAAGGCUAACACACAUUGUUGUUGGAACUCCAUCAGAAGCUGAAAAAAAGGAAGCCAGAGGCCUUGCAGCUUUGGGUAUGAUUAAUGUAGUUAGGUCUAACUGGCUUGAAGAUUGUGAUCGUGAGAAGAAAGAAGUUCCUGUUUUGCGAAGGCAUGUUGCCUAUGAUUUACUGCUUCCCAAAGAAUCUAUGAAGUCUACCCGAGGAGCAGUGAUGGGUAUGACUGGUACGAAUCAAAGUAAAAGCUCCACAGUUCAUUCAAAUAUUGUAUCUGAUCAGUUACUGGCCAGUACUAAUUCUGGAACUGUAGUGUCAUCGGCAUUGGAAAAAAUUAUGGAUCAGACACUUGGCGCUGAGAUGGACAGGGGUGGUUCUCUGGAAGCAACAUUGAGAUUUUCCAAGAAAAGCUUACUUCCUUCUGUGAAUGAUCACAUUAAUGAUCAUAAGAGGACGCUGCAUGAUUCUACUGCUCCAGUUGUUCAAAACAGGAAGUCAUCAAAUGUAUUUAAGCAGAAAUUCUUUCGCUUUUCAAAUUCGUUUCCUGAAGAUAGGAGAGCUGAAAUUGUUCAAUGGGUCAAUCAAGGGGGAGGAAAGUUGGUGGAUGACCAUAUAAUACAUACUGUGCACUAUACUAUCGAACGCCAUGGUGUGAUAGCAAAGUCUGCAGAUGCUUACCAAACUACAUAUGUAUCCAGUCACUGGAUCCGUUCUUGUUUAGAGGACGGAUCAUUGCUGGCUAUUGGCAGUCACAUUCUUUUUUCUCCACUCCCUUGUCGGAUUCCAUUUCCCGGGUUUCAAAGCUUUCGGUUUUGUGUUUCACAAUAUGAGGAGAAAGAUCGAGUACUACUGAGAAAUUUCUGCUUCGUUCUUGGAGCUAAAUUUGCAGAGAAGCUGACGAAAAAGGCCACUCAUCUACUGUGUAAAUUUGCCAAUGGACCCAAGUAUGAGGCAGCUUGUAAGUGGGGGAUACACGUAGUUACCUCUGAGUGGCUUUAUGAGUGUGUCAGGCAGAAUGAAGUUGUUGCUCUGGAUUCAUUUUGUCCAAAAGAAGUUACUGCAGAGGAUCGAGAAGCAGGAUUUUGUACUGUGAGCCAGUUUCCUACCCAAGCUGCUCGAACAUUAUCUGGGGAGAGUCCGUCUCAAUUUGUAAGUCAAUUGCACGAGCCGAUAAUCACACCUGGUAUUGGAGUUAACAGCUCUAGGGAAAUGACAAAACAAUCAAGUGUUAACUGUAAAAGGGCAAGGAUUUCAGAAGAUGAUAAUGAGAAGAGUCGGUUUUUGGGUGAAGAACAUGCAACUGAUUCUAUUUGCAACUUGAAUUCCAAUGGAGAUGACAUAUCAAAAGAUAUUGGGGAACCUUGUAAUCUUGUUCCUGAUGUGGCUGCAGCUAUUGAGGACCUGUUGGAACAGACGAGUAAGAUUCAAGACCAGAAGUCUCCUGAGAGGACUGGGGGCAGUAGAAGUUUUUUUUCAUCUGAUUGUUCAAUCCUUGGUGGAGACAAUAGAGAUUCUCACCCUGUCAUUGGGUUGUCCAAGCACUGGUUAAACAGGACGGGGAAAAAAGACGGUAGCUGCAAUCCUUCUGAAGAUCUGAAAGAGAGAAUAUACGAUGGUUUUAGUGAGACACAAACAGAAUCUCAGGUUGUUGGUUAUGAAGAAGAUUUGUCUGGCAGACAAAUGCUUAUAGACAGAGUUCGAACUCGUAGUAGCAGCACGUGUUGAAGUCGAUCAAGUUGUGCAGAAGAAAGAAAAUAAAAUUCUGUUUGUCAGCAAAUAUCUGGGAAGAUGAAGCUUCCAUUUAAGCCUAAUGCUGCUUUUGGCAUAUGCAAGAUGUUAUUAAUCCAGAGAAUGGCAAUUGGCAAACCAUUUGGGGCCCUUUUUGAGGUGGCUGCAGAAGCAAGUGUUGAUAUCAAGGCUACAACCUACAUUUCUUCUGUUCAAGAAAGGUUCAGGUUUGAAGGAAUCAAUCUUGCUUGAAAAAACAUUUAUGAUCAGGUGAUAUUGGUAAAGGAAACAUAACUAUAGUGGUUAGUGGAUUAUCUUUAGUUUUUGAGUCAAAUAAAUUAUUCUCAAUCGUCUGCAAAUUAAGGAUGACACAUGAUUCCAUUUGUGAAUUGAGAAGGUUAAUGCGUAUGGUGUGAAUGUAUGUAGUUGAAGAUGUUAUUAAUUUUGUAAGAAAUGUAUUUUAAUCCAUGUUAUCCUUUUAA